AUGCACACCCUAUCCACCCUCCUAAACUGCAUCCCCACCUCCUCGCGCUGCUGUCUCGGCUCCCAUAACCCAGAAAGAAUCGCAAUCACGCAGCACCAACCCGCCUGCGCCCACAAACUCAGCCCCGUGAGCCGUAUCCGCGCCGCCCAGAUCAUCCGCACCUGGGACGCGCUCUUCGCUGUCGAGGCGCCUCUGAGGCAGUGUCUGGCGCAGUUGGCGCCAUUGAUGCUCUGUGAGCGCGAACAUCGGGGAAAGCGUGGGGAGCGGCAGUUGUUGGUGCUGUGGUGGUUGAAGAUCAUGGCGUGUAGGGAUAGCGAGGUUUAUUGGAGGGAGAGGGUGGAUGUUUUUAGGGAGUUGGGGUGUUUGGAGAUUUUGGAUGGGGGGUGGGAGGUGGAGGUGGAAGAGGAAGAGGAGGAGGAGGAGGAGGAGGAGAGGAGGGAUGGGCCGAGUUCAACUUCAGCUUCGAAUUUCAAUUCGAACUCAGCUUCGACAACGGCUUCGACAGCAACGAGCUCAUCUCAGUCCACCUCGCUCGCUAGCUUACCCACUGCUACGUCUACUGCUACUCCUGCUGCUGUUGCUAGUGAUGACAAAACAGCAUCCAACAUCACCACCCCCCUCUCCCGCCUCCUAACCCCCGAGCAACGAAAAGAACACCAAGCGCAGCAUCUCACAUCCAUCCCAAUCACCAACCCCGAAAACAAACCCAACCACCCACAGUUCCCGAAAAUAGGCACACCAAUGUCCGUCGCACGCACCAUCAUCGCAAAACACCACGGUCUGGAUAGUAGCCACGUCCUGCCCAAAUUCCCCGUCCAAGGGGAGUGCGGGAUCUGUUUAUACGAUUUCCGCGUCGCGGGGGGGUCACAUGCUCUGUUUGCGGCGAUGUUUAGUCCGACUAUACAUGACCCCGAUCAUGAUCAUGAAGCUGAUACCCCUGGGGGGAGGGAGAAGAAGAGGAAGAGAGAAAUAGUUCAGUGCGAGGUUCAGACUCAGACUCAGAACCAGACUCUGGAUAAGGAAGAUCUCUGGCCUGGUUACGAUUUCACGCGGUGGAUCUGGUGCAAGGGAAAUUGUGGGACCAGUUAUCACAAGGAGUGUAUGGGCGAGUGGAUUCAUAUGAUGCGGACUGCGAAGAAACCGUAUAAGCCUAGUUGGCCGACGUGUCCGAGUUGUAGGAUGGAUUGGAUUUAUUGA